AUGAACCCUCCUUACAGGUCAAGAGUCUCUGAGCAUACGACAGAUAUGCCACCUGUACAAAGAAUCCUGAAGCGUAACAACGUCUCAACAGACGUCUUGCGCACCGAUGAAGAGGAAAGGGAAUUCAAGCGGAACCGUGCCUCUUCGUAUGAUGGCGCCUACUCGAGGUAUGCUCGAGCUCCGCAGGACCAAUAUCAGCAACGCACAACACAGCACAACGACGAUCUCUUCGGACCCGAUCCUUACGCAGUCUACAGUCCUCUGUAUGAAAGUCCACGUCAACCUACACCAGUUCGACUUCUGAAUGAAAAUGCUCAACAUUCGACACGGACUCGACAGCAAGACAUCGUUCCCGGCCUAGGAAAUUCUAUUCUCGAUCGUCGACCAUUCCAGGAAGAGAGCGAUUCAAGUGAAGAUGGUAGUCACGUCGAAGAUUUUGGUCAACCGACGGACAUCAAGUAUGAGACUCCACCUCCGUUUGUUCAAAGCCGUGAGGGCACGCGCACCUCGCAAACUGGACAACGUUACGGACACGAUGAAGCCGACGAUAAUCGCUUCCGCCGCGGUGCAAGUCACUUACAGCGAAAUGGUCGAGAGGCAUAUCUUCAACCUCCUCUCCAAGCCCAGAUCCAGAACCCAAGAUCCAAUUCGAGAUACGCGUACAACACCUUACCUCAUCAACCACCUCCUUCUGGAUUUGCACCGAGCCGUCACGUUAGUUUCGACUUGCCGGACGGUCCACGACAACAUGCGUCUGAUCACGAGCGAGCAAGAAUUUCUCACGCGGCUCCACGAGAGCAUGCAAUUCACACCAACCGCCAGAGACCGGAGAUACCGACUGCAGAUAGAGCAAAACAACAACGUCGCAGACAGUCUCAACCGGGGGCACAAGACACUCGAGAACCGAGCCGGGCACAUUAUCGCAACGAACCGACCGGGGCACAACACGAUGUCGCUGUUGCAUCUUCACAGACACUUAACACCUCACAUCAUGCACAGUAUGCGCAACAUCAAGAACGUGCAAACCAUCAUUCGCGGUCACAGGGAGCAGAGUCAACCCCUGCACCUGACACUCGUCCCAAAAAAUCUACCGUCCCAGCAGGUUUCGUGAAACAAAAGAACAUUCUGAGUUCCAUCAGAUCCAAGAAGCCGCGUCAGCCGUUCCAAGAAGAUCUCGACUAUCCACCGCCAGUGUUAACAUCAAGCCCUUUCGAUCAGAAAGCCCCGGUCCCUCAACCUGCAGGACAACAAUAUGUCUCUCCACCAGUCUUGACUCAAGCUUCAUCACAACACCAUGUUUCGCCUCCAGUCUCUUCGCAUGCUUUUAAAGAGUCAAGCUCUUUAGCCAGCAAGAUUCCAAAAGAGCAAUUGCUGAAGUUUCAGCCCGAUGCUACAGACAUUAGAGUCUGGGACUACAUGAACAGAAAAGACAACCCGAUGAACUGGUCUCAGGUUAAGGAGAUCCUCGACCUGACAAGAACACCUUAUGUUCUUGAAACACUCAAGAGCAGGCAGCGAUUGUACCAAGCAAAGCGCGCUCUCGAGCCACCGAAGAAAGAGACAACUCCAAAGGAAGAAGAAGCACCUGAGCAAGACAUCAUACCUCUCGAAGAUCAAUACUUCGAGCAACCCGCAUCUUCAGCUACCACCCGUCCUGUUCUUGCAAAGCCAAUCGUGCAGGCUCCUCCCGUCAGACUUCCAGAUGCGAAACGUCUUGCCGACCAACUUGAGCAGGAACGACUUGCCUGGGCAACGAAGGAAGCAGAACUGCAACAACACAUCAAAACGAUCGAAGAAGAAUCUGCUGCCAAGACAGCUGAGCUCAAGGAACAAGAAAAACAGCUCAAACUCAAGGCUGAAGUCCAGGAAAAAUAUCAAAAGCUCAAGGAAGAGGCUCAGACUCACAGAGAAAGCUUGAGGGAUGAGAAAGCUUUACGUGCCAAAGCUGAGCGAGAUCUGAAGGCUGCCAUUUCUGAUGCUCACAAACGUUCUCUGGCUCAGGCUGGCGCUGCAAGGAAGGCGGGCAAAGUCACAGACACUGGCUUUGCAUUUUCGAAUGAUGGCGAAGAUGUAGAGGGAGGCGACGAAGGUCAAAAGAAGACGCCUUCCAAACGCAGCAAAUCCAGAAAGUCGACUGAGAUCAGUGACAUCAGGGAGGAUGGCUACCCUCGUACGGCAGGAAAAUCUCUGCCACCGGCCGCUAUCCAAGCACUGUACAAGCAUCUCAACAGCUGCAAAGACGAAGAAGAGGAAGUAGACGAGGAACCACCAGAGGUCAUUCAAGAAGCAGACCUCACUUACUUCGUCUACACAGUGUGUCGCAAACAAUGGCUCAACUCGGAAGAAGAACCAGACGAUGACAUCGCCAUUGCAUGCGGAGACUACACAUACCUCAACGCCGCCAAUGCCGCCGUCACCAAUGAAAUUCUGCGUCCCCACGGCACUGCCUCAGCCAUCAAGAUUGACCCCAAGCGGGAGCGAAGUCUGCAUCAAGGCAUGAGCGAACACGAUAUGGCUUGGGCUCAACUCGAUGUACCUGAAGGCCACGUCAAAGUCUGGGUGCAGAGACAACUUCACACUGAAUUCGUGGGUGAGCUGCCUCUUUUCGAAGAUAAAGGUAUACUCUCCAAGACUGUGUUUGCAGUCAGACAAGAAACCUCAACUCCUGCUGCAUUAACUUCCCACGAGACUCCUGCUGCUCCCAUCGCCACCACCGUCCUCGAAGAAGACAGUGAAAUCUACACCACAUUCGAUCUUGCAAACCUCAAAGCCAAUGAAAAAGUCUUCAAACUGCUAUGGCCUGAGGAAAAUCAAUCGAUGCGUAUCCAUGACAUCAAUGCCAAAGAAGAAGCAAGAAGACAACGCAAGCAAACAUUGGAGGAUCUGGAGGAUCAUGGUCAGUUGUUCUCAGAGGAGAUUCAAAGGGAAGAUGGUACUUCGAUCAAGGUCUGGGUUGUGCAAAAGACGGUCGUUGGACCCAGAAAUUGA